AUGGGUUGCAUGCCAUCAAAGCAAACGACAGAAGCAGAGCAAGAUGUCAUUCGCAACAAGGAAAUUGACACACAAAUCAAGCAAGCCAAAGUAAAUUCGCAGCGCGAGAUCAAAUUACUGCUGCUUGGUGCUGGUGAAUCAGGCAAAUCAACAGUUUUGAAACAGAUGAAACUCAUUCGCCACGGUGGCUAUUCUCAAGAAGAGCGAAACGAAUUCAAAGAAAUUGUCUAUUCAAAUACAGUGCAAUCCAUGCGUGUGAUUUUGGAAGCUAUGGAAACAAUGCAUGUAUCACUUGAGGAUCAAGCAGUUGGGAACAAAUACCGCGACAUUAUCUGGGCUUUGCCUACUCAAGUUCAAGGCUUAAAUACCGAGGUCACUGAAGCGAUACGGUACCUGUGGAAGGACAAGAAUCUGCUAUCUGUGUACGAUCGAAAUCAAGAGUAUCAACUGAACGACUCUGCCAAGUACUUCUUUGACUCUAUCGACCGAAUUGGUGACCCGGAUUACACGCCUACGGAUCAAGACGUGCUGCGUGCACGAGUGAAAACAACAGGUAUCACUGAAACCACAUUCAGAAUAGGAGAAUUUACCUAUCGCAUGUUUGAUUUGGGUGGACAGCGAUCAGAACGCAAGAAAUGGAUCCACUGUUUUGAAAACGUCAUGGCAAUUAUCUUUAUGGUUGCAUUAUCUGAAUUUGAUCAAGUGUUGAUUGAAGACGAGCAUAUGAACCGCAUGAAAGAAUCGCUGCUGCUAUUCGACUCGAUUUGCAACUCAAAAUGGUUUAAAAAGACAUCCAUCAUACUGUUCUUGAACAAGAUUGAUAUAUUUCGUGAAAAGAUCGAGCAUAACCACCUGUUAUCAGACACAUUUCCCGAGUACAAAGGCGCAAAUACCUACCAAGAGACAAGCCAGUAUCUGAUGAGGCGAUUUUUAGCGUUGAACAAGGAGCCAGCCACCAAGCAAAUCUAUACCCAUUUCACAUGUGCAACAGAUACAGCGCAAAUGGAAUUUGUUAUGAAUGCCAUCAAUGACAUUAUCAUCCAGAACAAUUUACGAGAUACCGGUUUAUUGUAA